UUGGGCUUCUAAUAGAUUCUAAUCAUCAGACACUGGUUCGAAGGGCAUCCAUCGCCAGUACAACUCCACUUAACAGCGUCGGGCACAGGGAGGGAGAUAAGGAAUGAUUUGCGAACGAGAUUGAGUCGGGCCAAGUCAAGUUGCAAAGUUACUCUGACGAGUCGUUGCUCGAAUGAGAGACCAAGUCAAAGAAGAGGUAGACCUCGUUUGGGUCGGCAGCAAAGACAGAGCAUGGCGAGGUCGAGAGGAAGAAAGGAACUCCAUGGAGAGAAGAAGAACACAGAACUACGGUGAUGCGCAUAGCCUCCUGACAAAUUUCACUAGUAUGGUGCAGCAGAAAUGCUGAAGUAAUGAUGGUGCUCUUACUAGUGCUAAAGGCCUGGUGGUUGUAGGAAUGGGAAGUUUGGGAUGAAAUAGUGAAUCCUUUUUUGAGAAAGCUCUAGAAGUAAAAACAAAAACUUGCUCAUGAGUAUACUACCUGCUGGAAAAGCAACAUGUGAUGCUCUUAUCAUCAAAAAAUGAAAAUUGUUAUAACUAGAUAUGGUGCUAAGUUCAAGGAUGAGAUUACAACAAAGUUAAAGCAUACUGGAGCUGGCAUUAUAUCCAUGGAAAAUGCUGGUCCAAAUACCAAUGGAAGCCAGUUCUUUAUUACCUUGGCACCUACACCGUCAUUACAUGGAAAACACACAAUUUUUGGAAGAGUAUGCAGAGGAAUGGAAAUUAUCAAACGACUCGGUAGUGUUCAAACUGACAAUAAUGAUAGAAUAAGGUUCAAGAACUUCAGGCUACAGAAGAAGGGCCAACGUCUAUCAAAGAUGAUGCAAUUGUUCAUGCGUUUGGUCUAGAACGGCGUGGUAGGGUAAGAGGGCUUGGAUUUGGAGCAUUGCCAUCGAAAGUUGAUGCACAAGCAUAUCAAAAUCAAAAUAUGAGAAAACUAAAUCAAAAAUUGCUGCUUUUAGAACAAGAACUCUAUGGAUAGUUUUGAGGACUUUGAUGGAUAGAUUUCUAUAAUUUUUGAAUAGUUUUGGAUAAUGUUUACAAACUUAUAUAUGUACAGUUUUGGAUGGUUUAUAACUUUUUGGAUAAUUUAAAACUUCAGGAUAGUCCUUUUGGAUGUUUGGAAUGGAUAUAUUGACAAUUUUUGAAUGUUUAUAAUUUAUAGAUAUAGUUUAUUUUUCA